AUGAGUGGUCACGAAGACGGUGGUACGCCUAGUUCUCCUCGAGAGAUUGGUAUUGGUACUGAUGAGACGUCAGCAUCUUCCUCAAGCACGGGUACGGCUAGUACGCCCCCUACUUCUAACAACGCUUCCUCUGUGGCGAACGGUACGAACUCUCCAGAGCCUGCCUCUGUGAACGGUAAUCCCGGAUUGCCUCGGAAGCCUGCCAUUGGCCUGAUCAGCCAUCACGUGUGUGAGAAGUUUAAGGGUUCUGUAGAUCAAGACAUACAAGAAUGGUUUGGUACCUUCGAGAUGGCUACCUCUGCCUGCGGUUGGAACGAUGUUCAGCGUGGUACGUACCUUGGUCUCUAUCUUACUGGUUCUGCACACCGAGUUUGGCGUUCGACCUGCCCUAAGGGCGAUUAUCAGACGGCCCGUGCUACUCUGCUCAAGGCCUUCGAUAAAUCCAAGACCGCUGAUGCUGCUCUCUUACGGUUCAAGGAGUACGCCUGGGAUGGCAAGAUCACCUUGUCGGAGUAUACGGCGAACUUAUCGCAAGCCCUUCAAGAUUAUAGUGCCCUGCUCCCGGACGACUCGAAGAUUCCCCCUGCUGUGUUGGAGACUCUACUGAUUGACCGUGUUUGCGAGACAGCUACUGGUUCGGCUAAGGCAGAGAUGCGUCGGCAUCGCCCCAAGACAUUCCGUGAAGCUUGUGAGGUCCUGGACGCUUACUCGGAAGACGUGACUGCCAAUGCCACCUCUCGUACCCAACAAGUGAAUGCGGUGGCGUCUCCCUCUCCCGAACGUGUUGACUCAGAGAACAUCUCGGCGGUAUUGACGAAGGAGUUCGAACGGCUGGCUACUGCCAUGACUAACGCCCUGACUCAUGUUGUACGCCCUGCCCAGGCUGGUCAACAAGCCCCGGUACAACAUGCUGGUAAUCGUGGUAAAGGUAAUGGUGGACGAUUCCAACAACAACGUCGUGGUGGAUGUGGUAUCUGCGGUGGAUCUCAUCGUACACCUACUUGCCCGUUUCGCAAGUACGACACUGGUUGUAUGAUCUGUGGUAAGGACGAUCACAUGGCUCGCAAUUGCCCUGACCACCCUUCACGUCGACCUAUGGCCUCUUUGGUACAGAGGCAGGGAAACUAG